AGUGAGAAGAGAGAGAAUAGUAGUUGUAUAGGUGAUGAUAUCGAUAAGGAAUUACUAGUUGUUAUCAUCCCACAAAAUUGGUCGGUGCAACUAGUAAUCUGAAACGAGGUUACUACGUUAAACGAGUGUCGUGUUCGCAGUUCAACACAUUCGACUCGAUACAAAAAAUAUCUCUUCCAUUAUCCAACUAUCUUACAUUCACAAGUAACAUCUACAACACCGCUUGCUUUUCUUCUCUUCGAUUCGAUUCCAAGCAAGGAACGAACCAAGUCAAUGGCGUUCACAGUUUCACUUACAACUCACAUCCACGGAACCACUCAAUGCAAAAACCUUCCCCCUUUAUCAUCACAUCUCUGUAAACUAAGUUCCAGUGCAAAUGUAGUUAAUAUGAGGCGAUUAUCCCGGCCUGGACUACAAAAAGUUGGAUCUGAUAAUAGAUGUUUCCGAGUCCAUGCUCUUUUCGGAGGAAAAAAAGAUAAUAAUGAUGCACCUUCUAAGGCAGGAAUGCUUGGGAACAUGCAAAACCUGUUUGAGACUGUGAAGAAGGCACAGGCGGUUGUCCAAGUUGAAUCAGUUCGAAUACAGAAAGAACUUGCUGCAGCAGAGUUUGAUGGUUACUGUGAGGGUGAGUUAAUAAAGGUGACACUAUCGGGGAAUCAGCAACCCGUGCGAACGCAAAUUACUGAGGCUGCUAUGGAAUUGGGACCAGAAAAACUAUCACUUUUAGUGACAGAAGCUUACAAGGAUGCACACCAGAAGAGUGUCCAGGCCAUGAAGGAAAGGAUGAGUGAUCUUGCUCAGAGCUUAGGAAUGCCACCAGGACUCGGUGAAGGGUUGAAGUGAUGACAGUGUAAAGAAUGGAACAUCAUUUUUGCAUCAGAACCAUUUCAUAAAUGCUUAUUUUCUUUCUUUACUUUGAUAAUGAAUUAGUAAUCUUGUUUAUUCAGUUAUGUAUGGAUCACUUGAAAUGGUGUUAGGCCUUCUAUUCCCCCCACCCCUUUCCUUUUUUCUUCCUGUCUUAUUUCUUCUAUACGUCUUGCUCUUAUGGUCUUAGACAAUUCAAGUUUUAAUAUA